AAAAUCAGCAGCUCGCGCAAACGGCUCAAACAUAAACAAACAGAAAUUGCGCUGGUGUUUUUUUUUAUUCGGCAAAUCGCGACUCGCGAUUCGCGAGUGAAAUAAUUAUUAGUUAGUUGUUAGUGCGCUAUAAAGGACUCAAGACCUCGGCGGCAAGGGCGUGCCCUGCCGUAAGAAUUUUGUUCAUCCUGCCUGGGCCGUGGACGACGAGAAGCUGUAGCUGUUGCUGAAAAAGCUUAGUGUGAACGCGAUCCCCGGCAUCGAGGAGCACCGGCACCGAGCACAGUGAGAGUAGAUUACGGAAAUCCUAGCCAAGCAUAAUCUCCCAGCUAGAACCGGAGGAAGCUGGUCACCAGUGCCGCGACGGAGGACGACCAUGGCGUGCCGAAGCUUACGAAAAAGUUCUGGGAGACGGAAUGUUACGCAAAAACAUUCUGAUUUUCUUCAAUCUGACUGAUUGAGCGGGCGGUCAAAUUCCGGACCACAGCCAUCUUGAUGGGAGCCGGAGGAACGGAUCUGUAGCAAGAUGCUGGGAAUCAGGCUUAACCGUGGCUACCGACUUGCACGUCAAACAGAUGACCUAGCACUCACAUGGGGCAAGCUGCGAAACACAAACACAUCGAGCAUGUCAUCGGCCGGAACGCGAAGAGAUGGACCACUCCGCAUCUGGACGUCUACGGCUCGCAAUUGCAGCGUGAGUUCGGCGAAUACCUUCACAGAUCCGACUGCUGGCGGAGAUUCUGUGGACUUGUUCCAGGCGGACGGUCUUCUAGUGGAGGCCACUCCGCUCAAGUCGAUUCUCGAGGUGAAGAUCGGCGGUCAACCUCCAGGACGAGCCAGCUCGCUGCGCGACGCGGGAAAUCAGCCAGAUCGACGACCCGAGCACGCUGCACCGGUCUCAGCACCUCUAUCCGGGUGGCCCCGGAGCGAGAAGGACCUGUACAAUCAUUACCAAAAAACAUAGCUGCCGCGGUGCCGGCCACAAAGACUUUGGCAAGUGGAGCAUCAACGAGUGCAUUUCGGCCACGCCACCUUCUUUUCUUACUGCUGGCACCGGGACUCUCGUCACGGGGAGUAACAUUCCAACGGCGGCACCGACGCCCAGCGGUAACCUGCUGCCCCACGGACAUCGAGGACGGCCAGAUCAGAACAAUCGACUCGUUCGAACCUUCACAAGUCAAAGCCAAAAUAAAUCGAAAAAAAAAUAAAAUUCCGUAGUAAACCGCUCACAGAAUUGCUUUGAUUUGGUAUUGAAUUAUGAUUAAAUAAAUGAAAAAAUUGAAA